GAUAAUUUUUCUGUUUUAAAUCACAUCAUCUAAAAUUUUGAAUGUGGGGAUGAACAAAAUGAUCAGCUUCCGGCAAUUUGUGACUCUUGAUUUGGUUGGAAGACACUUGGAAUUGAGCACGCUUUUUCUUCAUUUAUUUGGCUUUGUGGCCCAAUAACAGGCAUUGUGGUUCAACCUUGUGUUGGUAUCUGGAGUGACAAAUACACUUCAAAAUUCGGAAGACAAUGGUCUUUUAUCCUUGCAGGGCCUCUUAUGAUCUCAGUUGCUGUGAUAAUAAAAUCGGGUUUUCUGCAGACAUAGGGUACAUAUUAGGUGAUAUGAAGGAGCAUUGCAGUACAUUUAAAGGUACAUGGACAAGGGCUGCUAUUAUUUUUGUUAUUGGGUUCUGGAUGUUGGAUCUUGCAAACAAUACAGUGCAGGGACCCGCUCGUGCCCUUUUGGGUGAUCUAUCUGGUCCUGAGCAACAAAAUUCUGCAAAUGCUGUAUUUUGUUCAUGGAUGGCUGUGGGAAACAUCCUAGGAUUCUCUGCUGGUGCUAGUGGGAACUGGCACAGAUGGUUUCCUUUCCUAACAAAUAGAGCUCGCUGUGAAGCCUGUGGCAAUCUCAAAGCAGCUUUUCUCGUUGUGGUUGUCUUCCUGACAUUGUGUACUCUUGUGACUAUAUAUUUUGCUAACAAGGUUCCACUACCUGCCCCUGAGCAGCCAAAUUGUUUAUCAGACUCAGCUCCUUUGUUGGAUGAUCCAACAGAAAAUGGCCUUGAACUUUUAAAAUUAAAACAUGAUAGACCAGUUGUUGCCAGUGCUUACUUGAACAACUCUGAGAAUGGCUAUGAACAAUAUAUAACCCCAAAGCAUGGCAACUCAAAAGUUGUUAAUGAUCAAAAUGAAAAUUUCGGUGAUGGCCCUGGAGCAGUAUUGGUUAAUUUCUUGACCAGUUUAAGGCAUUUGCCACCUGCAAUGCAUUCAGUUCUUAUUGUUUCAGCUCUUAGUUGGUUGUCCUGGUUCCCCUUCUUUCUUUUUGAUACAGAUUGGAUGGGAAGAGAAGUAUACCAUGGAGAUCCAAAAGGGAGUUUUUCUGAAGUGAAGUUGUAUGAUCAAGGUGCCAGAGAAGGUGCUUUUGGUUUGCUAUUGAAUUCUGUAAGAAGUCAAAAUUAAGCACCACUAGUUUCAUAGACACCUUUUGAACUUUUGUUCAGACUGAUAUAAUGAUGAUCCUUUCUUUACUUGAGGCCUCUGAGUGAUUACAUCUUCUUUGUUCAUUUUAAUUAUGGUUAUUGUGUUCAGGUUGCUCUAGGCAUUAGUUCUUUUUCUAUUGAACCAAUGUGUCAAUGGAUGGGAGCAAGACUCAUUUGGGCAAUGAGUAACUUUGCUGUUUUUGCCUGCAUGGCUGUGACUACCAUCAGUAGCUUGAUAUCUGUUCAAGAAUAUUCUCAAGGAAUCAAACAUGUAAUUGGAGGGAAUGAAGCCAUAAAAAUUGCUGCCUUGAUUGUAUUUGCUUUGCUUGGCUUUCCUCUUGCUGUAUUUAUCAACAUCUGCAGUAUAUUUCUAUAUUUUUUAAAUCUUGUUUCCAAAAGGUCCUUCAUUCCCAUGUACCGAAAAAAGAUGGUUCUUUCUUUCUUUUCCUUUCCUUUUUUCUAGUUAAUUCUAAUUUUUUUGGUCUUGCAGGUUAGAUAUACUGUUCCUUUUUCUGUCACAGCAGAGUUGACCGCUGAUUCAGGUGGUGGACAAGGGUUGGCGAUAGCAGUAUUAAAUCUUUCAAUUGUUAUUCCACAGAUGAUUAUAUCCCUCAGUGUGGAUCCAUGGGAUGCUUUAUUUGGUGGAGGAAAUAUACCUGCCUUUAUUUUGGCUGCUUUCUGUGCAUUAGCAGCAGGCAUUAUUGCUACUAGAAAGCUUCCAGAUCUUUCCAGGAGUUCCUUCAAGUUAUCCAGUUUUCAUUUUGGGUAAUGAACCAAGCUAGCAUUGAUUAGAUGAUAACUGACAACCAUGGAAAUGAUGUCUGCUGCUUUUGAAGGACAGGCCUUACUGCUACUUGUACAUAUAGUUUUAAUAUUGAAACAUAGGUGAAUUACAUAGUGAAAUUCAUUCAUUUUUUCCCCACCUGGUGGGUACAGGUACCUUGCAUAGAGUGUAAAUUACCAAUUAUCAUAUUGAAAAGCAUAUGUAUUCGAUAAUGUUUAUUAACUUUCUUCAAUAAGUUCUAGGAGCUCAUAAUAAUCUAUGCUCUUUAAUCAGAACAUCCUAGUUUGGUUGUCAUUUUUGUGUGCCUUCUAUGUUAUAGAAUUGUAUAUAUCCAUUGUCAUAGCUUUAUGGAUGGCCUGUGCUGAUUCUGUAAAGCUGGAUGGCUUAUUCCUAACCACCAGUAGUUGCAUAGUAAACCUUUGAGGCAGUAUUCUAGAUUAAUUUUAUUGUGGUCUUCCCUCAAGUAUAUUAUUGUUUUGACUCAUAUAGGUACUUCCACCACCUUUUGUUUUGGUUUUGAGGGCCUAGCCCUGGUCUCUGAUAUGCUUGUAAAUCAUGGAAAAUAAAUCUCAUGAUACAGG